AUGACAAAAACUAAGUUAUAUUCUGGAUAUUUUGUACCAUUCCCCGAUGAAUUCAAGUGCCAAGACAAAUUAACAAAUCCAGAAAAAUUCGAACCAUACGAACGUCCAACAGAUCUUCUUGGAUCACAUUAUUUAACCUUUGAUAUCCUACAAAAACAAAUCAUUCUCGGAUCAGUCAAAAGAUACAUCCAUCUUGACUAUUACAGGAAGCGUAUUAGCAUUCGCUCAAAACUUGAAGGAAUUGUUUUUGAAGCUCGCGCUACAGCAAUAAAGGAAUACAUAGUAGAUCAAAACGAUGUUCAUUUAGUACGAAUUAGGUUUAGUCAUGGAAUAGAAGAGCAACUUUGCUGGUUAGAGUCUUCAGAAGCAAUUCAUUCACUAUUUGAUGCACUUACAGAUUUCAUCCAAAGUUGCCGCAAAUAA